AUGUCCUCGCUCAACGGGGUGUGCUUGUUCAAGACGGCACGCUUCAUCUUUUGGGGAGUGGUGGAGCGGCUGCACCGAGCAAAGCCGGACAAGGUGCUCGCGGCCUUCGGCGUCCACCCGUACUUCGCGCACAGGCUCGCGGAGGGCUGGCUGGAGGAGCUCCGGGAGAAGCUGGUGGCGAACCCGCGCGCCAUCGUGGGCGAGAUCGGGCUGGACAAGGCCGCGAUCACGCCCGACACCGCACGCAACGAAUACGACGCACAGACCACCGCGUUCACGGCACAAUUUGACUUGGCCGUUGAGCUGCAGCGGCCCAUCAGCUUCCACUGCGUGCGAGCGUUCGGCCAUGUCAUGACCCUCUUCCGCCAACAUGCCCUCCGAUACGACCAACUGAUGCGAAGCGGAGAGGAGGACAAGGCGCGGGGGACGCUGCCGCCUGCGAUCAUCAUGCACUCGUUCGCGGGCACUGUGGGCGGGAUGGAGAGCCUGCUGAGCAACAAGGGCCGGAAGGGCAACAUCCAGGAGCGACUCUACUUCUCCUUCUCCAAGAUCGUCAACAUGCGCGCUCCCAAGACCAUCGACGUAAUAAAGGCCGUGCCGGAGGAUCGGCUGCUGAUUGAGAGCGACCAGCACUCGCCGGCACACGGCGAGGAGGAUCUUAGCCGAGUUUGUGAAAUCGUCGCAGAGAGCUCGAUCCACGUCCGGGCUCCAACGCUCCAGUAG